CGACGCACGAUCACGAACGAACGGCGAUCGUCCCGACUGCUUGUUCGUGUCUCGUUGCCCGCCUUGCGGGUGAAGCGCACAUAUUUCCAGGUCGGGAAGGGGUUGCUGAGUCUGGACCCUAAAAGGGAGCAGUCAGGGCUCAACGAAGAUCGUUUAACCCACCAGCAAGCUCAAUGGAUGGUCCGGUAGGGCACUGAAAUGUCUUGUUCUCCACCCUUGUCAGAAAAGGCCCAAGUGUAAGGCCUUUGCCGGCAUUAUUUCCGAGAUGGUGUGUUCUUUUUUUGGCGCUUGAAUAGUCUGCGUGUGUGCAAUAUGACUGUCAAAAAGGUUCU